CUCAGUGCACAGCUUGGUGGCCAGGCGAACGGACCUACCACGCUGCAAGGAUAACGCGCGCCGGGAAACUGUUGCCGGAUAAACAUAUAUAUAUAUUUUCUAGUUUUUUAUUCUGUUUUUUUGUCUUUACUGAAGUGUAAACAACAUAAUACUCUGUAUAUACGUACACAGACUACUAAGGGGAGCAUCGAGCUAUAAAGUACAAACAGAACAAAAUAGAAAACAUUUCAGUGGCAACAAUUGCAGCUUACAGAAUCGGAUCGGAGGCGACGAUUUCUGUUUGUUUCCAAAGCUGGAUGCCAAACUGAACUUCGACUUAAUAUAAAGUACAAUCCAUACAAGAAAAUGUUCCACAACAAGCGAUGCCAUAAACUAGCUAAAUAAGUUCAAAGAGUGUCUCGAAACUAAAUACCAAAUAAGAAGAACAUAGAAAUCCGAUAAGCCAGGGAAACUAAGGAGCUCAGAAUGCAUCAGGUGCUCAGUUAUGAGACGGCUGUGAGGGCCAACAGCAGCUCGCGCGAUUAUCGCGAAUAUGUGACAAAACGCACCUGCGCCUCACUUCUGCUCACCAUUGGCUUCUUCAUGCUCAUCUCAGGCUAUUUGCUCGGCAAUUUCGUGACGGAACGCAAAUAUUACAUACGUCAGCUGCUCACAAAAAAGGCAAUCAAGCUUGACGAUGGCAGCGGAGGCGAUGGCGACAGGUAUGUGCAGCUGAAUAGCGCGGAUUAUGGAAAUUUACAGGAACUGCGCGCUUAUCAGAAGAACAAGGACCAACUGCUGGCUGCCGCCCAGGUGCUGAACAAGCUGCUGCAACAGGACGAGAGCGAAAUAUAUUUGGCCACAUCCUUGAACACGGAAAUCUUCAACAAAUACAUCAGUUGCACACAGGACAUACCGCCGAAUACGGACAUUAAGGCCAGUCAGUUUAUAGAACAGCUAAUUGACAAUACCAUAGCCAGGCAGCGGGAUUGCAUGCGGAUUAUUCAGGUGGUAAUCGAUAAUCAUUUGGCCAACAGUCAACUUUAAUCCCAAUGGACAUAAGAAAAGUUUUCACACGCAGUCAGCGCAGGUGGGCGUUCUGUGGCGCCUCAGGCGUCAGCCAUUGGAUGUUGUGGGUGUGCACGGGAGGGGGAGGUCGACGCAGAGCUAAUCACCUAAGGAACAGCAAAGCUCACAACUUAACCAAAUUAAUUUCUUUUUGUUUUUUGGAGUUUUGUUUUUGAAAUAUGUAAAGCAAAGUGCGCAGAGCUGAUGCAACAAAAUAAAUAAAGAAAAUAAAUUAUUGGACAAGAUUUAUGAUAUUAUUAGUUGUAUCGACACUUUGUUACAUAAAAACCAAACAGGUCAAUUUCGGGACAGGGCUGGGCUGGGCUGGGCUAACUGGCCCCAAACACAUUCAUAAUUAAUGGUUUCCACUUGGCAUUUUGUUGUUUAUGAGUGUUGCCCGCAAAUUCACAUCAUUAUUGAUUGCGUUUUUUAUUGGUGUGAAAUAAAUAUAAUAACGUAAC